CAAUGAUGUCAUGUUGAUGUAAUAAAAAGAUUUUGCAAUUAGAAUAAAUCAAUUUAUUUCAGAGUAUAAAAUAAAACUUUGAAAAUUAAUAUAAAUUAAUAUGUAAGGCAGAUGAAAGUUGCUCAGAAAAAUCACAGGAAUCCGAAUACGAUGUCCAUUCUCGUCAUCGGCGUGGCCGGGCUGGACGACACCAUCCUCGUCAUCGAGCUCAGGGUCUCGCUGCCACCGGCGCCAGGAGCUUGGCGGCGGUGAAGGGCGCUGCAGGCCUGCAGCCAUCUCCUCGUGCCCGCAGGUAUGUGGCUCGCAUCGCCGCCGUCACGACGUGGUGGAUGGCAGUACCUCGCCGGUGUCUAACCGUUGCAAACUCCAUCUGGUGUUGGUGGUGGUCUGGAUCCGGUGCGCCCGGCCUCGCAGCCACCGGAUCCGGCUUCGCCAACGCCGGAUCCGGCGAUUCCUCGCCUUCUUGGACCGAAAACUUCAACCUUUCCGGUGGUUCGCUGCGGGAAUGUGGAGGGGAGCUCCGCGAGGCGAGGGAAGGUGAAGGGGAGCCAGGCGAUGCGAGGGAAGGUGGAUGGGAGGGAGAAGAGCGUAUCGCGGCGGCUAGCCGGAGCAGAGCUUUACGGCGGAGAGAGGGGGAAGCCGGUGAGCGUCGCGCACGAGAGAGAGAGAGCGAGUCGUGAGUUGUGUCUGAACGGAGACAUGGGCUGCGUGUUGAGUACGAAAUGAUUGAAGGACGUUUUUGAAAAAGUGCCACUUGCGACAGAUAUUUAGGGACGGAAGGAGAAGGAGAUGAUUUGGAGGAGAAGGAGAUGGAGCUGGUGUCCUCCUCCCGCUCCGUCCUAUCCUCUUGCAACCGACUGGUUGCUCCCUCCACAUCCAGGACGGCAUCAGCAGCUGCUAGGCGCCACGGGAAGAGUCUAGUAUGUGUCUUGGGUGGAGACACGAAUGGUGAGUUCAAGAUCGGGAAGCGGGCAGCUCUUGCUCUGUUCUUUGCUACACCCACGCUCUCACUCGCCUUCUCGGCCCACUCCAAGACCAAAACCAUAAAUCCUUAUGACGAAAGACGCUUGCUUCAGCAGAACAAGAAGAUUCAGGAAGCCAACCGUGCACCUGAUGAUUUCCCAAACUUCAUCAGAGAAGGUUUUCAGGUCAAAGUAGUGACACCCGACAACUACAUAACACGGGAUUCCGGAUUAAUAUAUGAGGAUGUCAAAGUUGGUACAGGCGAUUGCCCGAAGGAUGGUCAGCAGGUUAUAUUUCACUAUGUGGGCUACAACGAAUCAGGACGAAGGAUAGAUAGCACCUACAUCCAGGGUUCGCCUGCCAAAAUUCGGCUAGGCAACAAAUCAUUAGUUCCAGGUUUUGAAGAGGGGAUUCGGGACAUGAAACCAGGGGGGAAGAGAAGACUAAUUAUACCUCCUGAGCUUGGUCCUCCUGUUGGGCCAUCGACGUUCUUCAGCGCGAAACAGUUUGAAGUAUUCGACGUCGAGCUACUCUCAGUGCAGGACUGCCAGCGGAGGACAAUAGCUUUUUACUCUGAUGUUGUUUGCACUUGAUCAUCUGGUCUGUUAGUGCCGACCGGUGCAGCAUUCUCCUCCUACAACCCUGUAGGGAAAUUUUUUUAGCUAUUGUUGUACAUGCCAACAUAAGAAAACGUGCGCGAGGAAAAGAGAGGGAGUUGUUGUAUGUGUAUAGCCAAAUGCUUGCAUUAUACCGUUGCCAUGAAUCCCAUGAUGUGGGGGCACACUGGUACCUUUCUCCACAGAUGAUGCACACCUCAA